CCGAACCUUCUCUGUCUUUCACCGCGGAACAGCCUCACACGAACCUCUCUUGCACGAACCGACGAAACGGCUCUCCGCUUGACCCAGCUGGACGAAGCAACAAUCUUUAUUCGGGGGAUUUCGGUCUGUGUAAAGGAGAAUUUUUUCCAGAGGGACUCUUCUUCAAUUGGGUCCAAGUUACUGUUGACUCGCGACGAUACACAACAGAGAGAAGCCCUCAGAGCUCAAUCUUCAAUUGCAACUUUUCUUCGCCAAAACCCUCGCUCCUUUAGCCAAAUUCCGAACUCCCAAAUCAGAAAUAUUACCGAAGAAUCCAAAAAAGGCCAAGAACUGAAACCAAAUCGAAAUCCGGAGCACCUAAAUGAUGGACAACAAAGCUUCAUUGAUGUGGCUAGAGAGGUUUCUAAGAUCACGCGAACAAGACCCAGAUGGGAGCAAACUAUCCUCUCUGAUUUUCCUUCCUUCAAUUUUGCUGAUACCGGAUUCUUUCAUGAGCUAUUAAAGCACCAAAAAAAUGUGCUUUUCUCACUUCAGUUUUUUCAGUGGCUGCACUCCUGUUACGGGUUUGUACCUGACAAAGGGUCUUGUACUGUGCUCUUUGAUGCACUUGUGGAGGCUAUGGCAUGCAGUGCUGCCAAAAGUUUUCUUGAUGAUACAGGUUUUAUCCCUGAGCCAGGUUCUUUUGAGGCUUAUGUUAGGUGUCUUUUUGAGGGUGGAUUGGUUGAGGAAGGGUUUAAUGUGUAUUUAAGGUUGAAGGAGGCCGGAGUUUCUGCAUCCAUAAAAACAUGCAAAUCAGGUUUUCGGGGUUGUCUUAUGGCUGGGAGGACUGAUAUUUUGUGGCAGCUAUAUCAGGAGAUGGUGGCCUCUGGUAUUGUAGCAGACGUUGAUGCAGAGACUGUUGGGUAUCUUAUUCAGGCCUGUUGUUGUAAUGACGAACUUUUGAAAGGUUAUGAGCUUCUUAGACAGGUUUUGGAAGAUGGGUUAGACCCCGGAAAUGUUGCUUUCAACAAAUUAAUAUCUGGGUUUUGUAAGAAAAACAACCUUACAGCAGUGUCUGAACUUCUCCAUACAAUGAUUGCAAGGAAUUGUUAUCCAGAUAUAUUUUCUUAUCAGGAGGUAAUCAAUGGGCUGUGCAAGAAAAGAAAGCGGCUUGAGGCGUUAUGUGUCUUUAAUGAUCUUAAAGAUAGAGGCUAUGCUCCUAAUAGGGUCAUGUAUACGACAAUGAUUCAUGGCCUUUGUGAAAUGGGAUGUUUUGGGGAUGCCAGGAAGCUUUGGUUUGAAAUGAUUACUAAGGGUAUUACUCCGAACGAAUACACCUAUAAUGCAUUGAUUCAUGGUUUUUUUAAGAUGGGUAAUUUCUUAGAAGCCUGUAAAUUGCACAAGGAAAUGUGUAAUCAAGGUUUUGGAGAAACCACGGUGAGUUAUAACACGAUGAUAUCUGGAUUCUGUUUGCAUGGAAAAACCAAGGUGGCUUAUGGCUUAUUUGAAGAAAUGUCCAAAAAGGGUAUUGUUCGUGAUGUAAAGACAUAUAAUUAUCUGAUUAAAUGCUUUUGCAAGGAGGGGAAAAUUGAAGAGAGUCAAAAACUGUUUGAAGAACUCCUUGCACAAGGUUUGCGGCCAUCGACAUUCUCUUACACUCCCCUUAUUAGAUACUUAUGUCAAGUGGGAGACUUGCAAGAAGCAAAAAGAUUGUUGCAGGAUAUGCAAAAUAGAGAUCUGCAACCAUCAGUCUAUACUUAUGAUCACAUAGUUAUUGGUUUUUAUGAGCAAGGUAAUGUCACGGAGGGAAUGGAAUGGUUAAUAGAGAUGCUGAAGCGUAAACUCAAACCACAAAAAAAGACUUUUGAGAAACUCGUUGGAUGUUUGUCGCAAAGCGACAAGUUGGAUGAUACUCUACUUGUUUUAGAUUUUAUGUUUAGGAAUGGUUAUGCACUCCGGCCUGGCUUAUGUCAUCAUUUGGUCACUAGACUUUGCAAAGAGAACCCCAAUUUUGUUGAAAGGUGUGUGGAGGAAAUCCUAGGGAGAAAUUAAUUAUUAAUCAGAGGUACUAAUUUAUUCUUUGCAACUUUGACACCUUUUUUUUCCCCUUUAAUAAAGUUGACAAUAUAUAUCAACUGUUCUUUCAUGAAUGAACAUUUAUUUUGAUAA